AUGGAGACCCAAAACGCCAAUCCUACAAUUCUCAGUGUGUCCGACCUCCCCAGUCGGCGCCUUGAACAGAAAAAGUCCUCGCCGUCAAGUUUGCUCUCCGGAACAGUCCCCGCAUACACCAGAGAUCCUUUCGCCACUGGUACGGGAGCCGACUACUCGAGCUCAGACGACGAUGAAAGCGAAGACGACUCAGUAGUUGAGAAGAUUGACGAGCAGGAGAUCUAUGACCUAAUCGCCACAAUCUCCGACCCCGAGCACCCUCUUACUCUCGGCGAACUCGCAGUUGUAAAUCUUCCGCAUAUCCAAGUCACCGAUGAUCCGUCAAGCCUGACAGGACGUGUUCUUGUUGAACUUACACCAACAAUCAAUCACUGUUCUCUCGCCACGGUCAUUGGGCUGGGAGUACGAGUCAGACUUGAACAAGCGCUCCCGCCACGAUUUAGGCUGGAUGUGAGGAUACGGGAGGGAACACAUGCAACCGGGGAUCAGGUGAACAAGCAAUUGAAUGACAAGGAGAGAGUUGCCAGUGCGCUGGAAAAUGAAACUUUGAUGGGUGUCGUGGGCAAGAUGCUAGAAAGUUGCAAGUAG